CUCAUACGCAAAACAUUUAGUUAAACGUGGUAAAGAUGUACUUAGUUAAUAAAAUUCUAUUAGGAAUAUUUUUGCAGUUUGUUUAUUGUAUCGACUUUUCAGCUUCUGUAUUUACAAGUUUUCGAGAACUCGAGGCCGCAUUGUUACAGGCUACUUCAAAUGAAUAUGGAGGCAGGCCUCAAGAUCCUGUCGAUUCUGAUGGCGCUGUUGAUGUCAGCGUUCGUGUUGUUGUCACAGACGUGCAGCCAAUUAAACGAGAGAGUAUAGAUGUAAUUGCUCAUAUUCAAUCAAUAUGGAAGGACACACGUCUGCAGUACAACGUUACGUCAAGAAAUCCUAUGAAAAUUAACGAAACGUUAGCGUAUUCCCUCCACAACCGAGUCUGGAAGCCAGACCUCUAUCUAGAACCAGAAUGGACUCUAAAUAGCGAUUCUGAGAUAAUGUUGAUUAGAGUGAAUUCAAAUGGAAAUGUUGGCAGUAACAAAAGGUUUCGAUCUACAAUUCCUUGCACGAAAAGCUUUAUUGGAAUCAUGCACGUGGACUUUAUAUGUACAACACGUGUCUUGUCGUAUUCCUACUUGGAGGAUGAGGUGAAGUUGUCGUGGCUUGAUGAUGACCCACUGAGACUAAAAUACGGAGCCAUAGACGUAGAAUCUGAGAUCACUCGAGGUGUAAACGAAACAUGUUCGUGGGACAUAUUCAAUGGAAUGAGAACAUCAUGUGUGGAGGUGAAACUGUAUGUAACCAGGCAUUUUCCAUCCAUUUUUUAUCGUUUAUACAUACCAAGCUUCAUGGCUGUUCUCAUGGCAUGGUCCAGUUUCUGGAUACACAGGGAUGAAGCCUCUGCGAGGAUCAAACUUGGCACCCUCGUUGUGUGGACAGUAAUGUCUCAAUAUAUAUCAAUUGAGGUCGCUUUUCCGGAAUACCUUGAUAAUAUUGCUGGCAAUGUUUGGAUGUUUGGCUGCAUAUUUUUCACGUGGGCAUCAUUUAUUCUCUACGUCAUAAUUCACGUGGUGCGCAGACGAGAGAAAUCUAAGUUGAAACACGAUGAAAAGAAGGAAAAGGAAAGAGAAAAAGAAGCAAAAAGAACUGGGGAGAGAGCACUGUCUAUAUCAAGUGUUCACCCGGAUGGAAAACUUGAAAGGGGCGGACUAAAGGGAUAUUCGGUUUGGAGAAACAAGAAUAAGUUCAAGGUCACCAAGAUAUAUAUGUCCUCGUUCACAUUGGAACGCUGGUGUAGAAUCUGGUACGGACUUCUGUUUCUUGGAUUCACCAUCUUCUUUCUGACAUUCUACGGCAUGGAUUUGUUUGUAUGA